AUGAUUCUUCAGAAUGGGUCUUAUGAACCUAAGCAAACAUUUUAGUCCAUCAACAACGACUACAUUUCAAAAACAACAUUUAGAGGGAGAGCAACUUAAACAGUCCAUUACCAAGUAAAUGGAACAGGAAGAGACACUUAUAUCAACAAGGACAAUGGAGGAUUUUGCAAGAUGUAUUAACCUUAUCCAUAUAAAUACGGUUAAGUUGGAACAUUUGUUCCAAAGAGGCAUCACACUCCAAGUGCUCCUAUAAUGCAUCCUAUGAAUGUUUAUUAUAGAUCAGAUGGAACUGGUAGGGACUCAUAUGUUGUAUAAACUAAUGGAGGAUUUACCAAUACUGGAAGAUUAUAUAACUAUAAAGAUGUAUUUAAACAAAGUUUGAGAUAAUACAACGACCCAAGAACGACUAAUCAUUACCCUUAUGUAAAGCUAGGUGGAAGACAAGCUGGAUUUGAUAAAGCAAAAAGUACUAACACAUUUUAGCAUUUCAAUACAAUUGUGCCUAAGACUUCGGAGAAUUAGGAGACAGAAGAGAAUGAAACUCCGAAUAAAGGAGGAUUCGCAUCAACUUAAUCAAGCGGUUUCUAUGGAAAUAGAAGAAGAGACAUUUUAUUAGAAAGUUAAUUGACAUAUGAUUACAAAUAUCACGUUGGUUAACAUUAACUUAGAAAAGUUCAAAAAAGCAUGGAUGCUAGACUAGCGAGACCUAAAUAUUCCAGGCAGGGUGGUGACUAGCAGCUUAAUACUAUUUCAAACUGA